GGCGGCGGCGGCCGGUGGCGGCGGCGGCCAUGGCGGCGGCGGAGGCCGGCGGUGACGACUCCCGCUGCGUGCGGCUGAGCGCCGAGCGGGCCCGGGCGCUGCUGGCCGACGUGGACACGCUGCUGUUCGACUGCGACGGCGUGCUGUGGCGCGGCGAGACGGCCGUGCCCGGCGCGCCGGAGGCCCUGUCGGCGCUGCGGGCCCGCGGCAAGCGCCUGGGCUUCAUCACCAACAACAGCAGCAAGACCCGCGAGGCCUACGCCGAGAAGCUGCGGCGCCUGGGCUUCGGCGGCCCGGCGGGGCCCGGCGCCCGCCUCGAGGUCUUCGGCACGGCCUACUGCACCGCGCUCUACCUGCGCCAGCGCCUGGCGGGCGCGCCCGCCCCCAAGGCCUACGUGCUGGGCAGCGAAGCCCUGGCCGCUGAGCUGGGGGCCGUGGGCGUCGCCUGCGUGGGCGUGGGGCCCGAGCCGCUGCAGGGCGACAGCCCCGGCGCCUGGCUGGAAGCGCCGCUCGAUCCCGACGUGCGCGCCGUCGUGGUGGGCUUCGACCCGCACUUCAACUACAUGAAGCUCACCAAGGCGGUGCGCUACCUGCAGCAGCCCGGCUGCCUGCUCGUGGGCACCAACAUGGACAACAGGCUCCCGCUGGAGAACGGCCGCUUCAUCGCGGGUACCGGCUGCCUGGUCCGAGCCGUGGAGAUGGCCGCCCAGCGCCAGGCCGACAUCAUCGGGAAGCCCAGCCGCUUCAUCUUCGACUGCGUGUCCCAGGAGUACGGCAUCAACCCGGAGCGCACCGUCAUGGUGGGAGACCGCCUGGACACGGACAUCCUCCUGGGCGUCACCUGUGGCCUGAAGACCAUCCUGACCCUCACCGGCGUUUCCACACUAGGGGAUGUGAAGAGUAAUCAGGAAAGUGACUGUAUGUCUAAGAAGAAAAUGGUCCCUGACUUCUAUGUUGACAGCAUAGCUGACCUUUUGCCUGCCCUUCAAGGUUAAAGAUUUAGUGUCUUUAAUCUCCAGAAUAAAACGAAUUGAACACCA